AUGACCUCGGAAACCGCGGUGGCCAAUAGAGGGAACAACCAGCUGACGCUUUUCCGCGUGGUGAGACUCGUAUUUCUGAUAUUAGUUUUCACGACUGGAUGCCUUUCAAUUCUGGUAUCGCAGGUGGUGAUUUUCGUGAUCUUCAAGUUCAGUCCCACAAGGAGACAGCUGGGCAUCAACUACACUAAGAAGAACUUUGUGAUUUUGCUGACUUUUAUAACCAAUGUUUGCACCAAAACCCAGAUAAACAUCACACAUGACAACUCAAUUCCAGAGGGUUCCUUCUAUUACGCGAAAACAUGGUCUGGAAGGGAAGUUGUCAAGGCCAAGUUGGACCACAACGCGAUCCUCAUUGCUAACCACCAGAUCUAUACAGAUUGGUUGUUCAUGUGGUGGUGUGGGUACAUUAACAACGUUGCUGACCGCUUCUACAUCAUAAUGAAGAAAUCCUUGCAGCAAAUUCCGCUCCUGGGAUGGGGAAUGACCAACUACGACUUCAUAUUUCUGUCUAGAAAGUGGGAGUUGGAUAAAGAGCAGAUGACGACGCAGUUAUCGACAUUGACUGACGAGAAUCACUGGCUAUUGGUUUUCCCUGAGGGAACAAACAUGUCCAAGUGCAGAAAAGACAUCUCAGACAAGUAUAUCGAAAAGGUUGGUGCCGAACCCUUGGUGCACGUUCUUCUUCCCAGGAUAAAGGGUCUUUACGUUUGCACUAAGGCUCUCAAAGGGUCUACUGAUACGAUUUAUGACGCUACUGUGGCAUAUAGUGGUCACUCACCUGAUGAAUUUGCUCAAGAUAUAUAUGGGCUUCUGGCGACAUAUCUGUAUGACAGAAGUCCGCAAUCGGUAGACAUACAUUUCAGGGCGCAUAAGAUCAGCACGGCAUUGCAGUCUGUGAAAUUUGACGACUCAGAUGAAGAUUUUGACGAGUACCAGAAGUGGCUAUUUGAGAGGUGGUCUGAGAAAGACCAGCUUAUGGAGGCCUACUUCCAGACGGGCUCUUUCGUGGAUAAGUAUCACGAAACUAUCAAGACGAGGCUGAUGCUGAACUCGAAGCUAGAGUUAUUUCAUGUCUAUUCGAUCGUCACGGCAACGACGCUAACGCUAUGGGUACUAUGGAAGGUUUGGGCGCUGUUCUUUUGA